AUGGAGUGGUCAGAACGAAUUGGAGAUAGGAAAAAUAGAAGUUAUUAUGCUCGGAAGCUAUUUUUUUGCGUGAGAGGUCUUUCCUCUUAUUGUACUUCAGAUUUUGCAGGAAACCUUCAAGCGGAUUUAUUUGCCCGCGACAUUCAGUGUUUGGAAGCAAUAACUGGUCACUCCGAGGUCUACGUAGAAAACCUAGCUCGUGUUCCCCCAUUCCCUUCUCUCCCUCCCACCAAAAAGUUUGCGGCGGCUGCGCUGUUCUUCCCAGCAGCGCCGACUGCUGCUUUCGUUGGAAGCCAGAUUCGGUUGCGGGGGAGAUGGAAAGGCGACCGGCGACGAGGGGCCUCUGCACGCCGCCGCCUCUGCGACCACCAUGACAUCUCAGUCUCACUCUCACACGGUUCCAGCAGCCGGGGCAAGCACAUCACCAGGAGAAGCUCGCAUGCUGGACCAGGAACUUCUGCUAUUAAUCCACUUAAAAGGAAGAGGGGUGUCUAUGGUAAGAAGAAGAAGAUGAUCCCUGUUACUCCUCAAGAAGAUCUGCUCUUUGCUUCCUCUGCUUCAGAAAGUGACGACGACGAGGACACCGACAUGAGUUCUGGUUCUGACAUGUGAGCUUGUCGGUUUCUCUAUGAAGUUCGUUUUGGCGCUCAUGAUUCUAUCCUUUCCUGUGUGCUUUUGACAAAUGAAUUGUGAAGACUUUGUGAUGCAUGUAAUGGACUAUGGACAUGUUGCUGUUGUUACUGAACUUAAGUGCUGAACUGCUGAUGUUAUGCUUGAUGCAGUCUUGAAUUUAUAUUUCUAUUUAUCUGUUGAACUGCUGCAGAUUGUUAUGUUCGAAUUUAUAUUGAGAAUCCUCUGUUUUCUACUGAAAA